UCGUGUCCGCCGCGACGGAGCGGAAUUUUGACCAGCUGGAAGAGCGCCUCAAGUACUACAUCGCAGACGCACUGGACCAGGAAGAGGAGAAGAGAAGUGGGACGAGGAAUGAUGAAGAUGAGCAUGAGCAUGACCAGGGCCGCAAUAGAAGUGUCAAGAAGUACCAACUGUCGGCAGGAAAGACCGCUAUUAACACUGGUGGUGUUAGUGAUCAUCAGGACGAUAUCUUCAGUACUACGACAUUGUCGUCAUCCGGUAAAAAAGAAAACGGUUUGCAGCUCUUAACGCCCGAACAGCAAAUGGAAAUCGAGAACAAGAAGCACAUCUACGUGACGGGCCGGGUGAACGCCGGAAAGACGACGUUUGUCGAGCGGUUUCUGCUAUGAAUGAUGAAGAAGUUGUAUAUAUGAUCCGCAUGUGAAUUUGGAAUUUUAGUCAUGCUACAGAGUAGCAUGGAUGAGCAUUACCAUUAGGUGGUAGAAGAUUUGAUUUGAAUUUGUGUUGCAGGAUGAUUGCAGCGAACAGUAGUACGACGAAUACUUGAAAAAUACUACAACAUCUGCAUUGCAUAUCUGAAGUACAUCGGAUAUCGACACCUUCCGACGAUCGACUGGAAGCGGGGUUGCGGAGGCAUCACCCGCGCCCCCUUACCUGGGACAACUGCGCAUUUCUUGUCGUUUUCCCUGCCCCGAAAUUUCAAGCUCAUCGACACACCAGGCGUCCCCUCCACGCACCAGAUGACGAGCAAGUUGCUGCCGGGUGGCAGUCAGCAGCAGCUUGAGGGUUCUGCUGACGGUGGAAAUACCAAUCUUCCGCAACACUGUCUGCAAGACCUGUACGAUGUAGUCCCCCGUUCGCAGCUCCAGCCGGUCACAUACGCACUGAAACCCGGGCGCAGCUUGAUCAUUGGCGCCCUCGCCCGGAUUGACCUGCUGGAGCCGAGCACCUUCGCGUUUGUGACGUGCUUCUUCUCGAAAAACGUGACUUUGCACGUGUGCAACACGGGCAAAGCCGAAGACGCGAUGGAGCGGAAGGCGGGGUCCUUUUUCUACCCGCCGCACCUGAAGGAAACGUUUGCGAAGUUCGACUUUGUGAAGCACAACGUCCGUGUCUUCGGCAGUAACCACCGCGCAUGGUAUCCAGGAAAAAACACCCAUCCAUUUUUUGCAGGACAAACAAAGGAACUUACGCAUGAAUUGCAUGACAAAUUCAAUGGAAGUGGGUGUUUUUUCCUGGAUACGUGGGACGACAUUGCGAUCGCCGGGCUUGGUUGGGUGGCCGUCAGCGGGUUCGGCAGCAAGGAGUUCGCGGUGCACGUGCCCAAGGGCGUUAAACUGUUCCGCCGACCCAGCAUGAUGCCCUGGGAGCUGUGCGUGAACGGCGUGCAGAAAUUUUCGCACCGCCACCGCGCCCGGGGGUCCAGUGUGGCCCGGAAGAAGAAAAAAAUGGUGCAGCUGCUGCGGGACCGGGAUCGGAAGUACGCUUUGUGCGCGGAAAGGGAAAAGCUGGAGGAAGAUCGGGAGGGCCGUGGGAGAGAUGGAGAACUGGAAGUGGCAGCAGGAGGAGGAGGUGCUGACCAAUUUACUUCAUCAGGGGAACAAACACUACACGGAGGAGCAGCACCACUAGAUAGUAGUCAGCCUGAAGAUGCAAGUAGGAUCAUGCGACCUUUUACUAACGCUAGUACAACGACGUCGAAACAAGACGACUUAUUUCCAUACCGCGGCACAAGAAAGGCAGGAACAACAACCGCCGCGCCUUUCUCUUCUGCUAUUUUCGGCUCCGGAAAACUUGCAUCGACUGGUGCUGCGGGGGAGGAAAACGAAAAUUCUAGGGUGUUGGGAGGUCAGUUUUACCGUCAUGAAGUAGACGAAGGCCAUCGUUGUAGUUGCGAGACUAGCCGCUCCACCACCUCCGGGAGGACCACGGAUCAUGCGCAGAACGUAGUGCCUUUCGUCGACCCGAGUCUGUUUCUUGUGCACGAAGAUGAGCCAUGUAGAGGUACUAGGAGUGGUGCCAGAGUAAAUGCAGCUGCUGCCGGUAAAGGAGCCAAGUGUUCGUCCGGUGAGACGACGACAAACGGAGGGAUAAAGGAACACCAAGAGGCGUCAGCUGGUCCUGAGGAAGCCAUUUCAAGUCAUGACGAUACCGAGCAACAUUUUUCUUCCGCCUCUGCAAUAAUCGAGGACCACGACGAGGAAGCAGACGCGCCCGUCUUGGAGUUGCGCAUUUGAUUGGUGCGGGUUGGUUGAGGUGUUUCAACUUCGCCACCUGAUUCCAAGCAUUUCAAUUGCACAAAAACAGAGCCACCAAUAUAACAGAGUUGUCACACAACGAGGACCAUCAAACAACAGUAUGUACUAAAGCGAAGCUAUAGCUAGCUGAUGUAGGUGAAUAUUACCGUGAAGUCGAAGCCGAAGUGGGAAAGUUUCCUUAAGGACCCCAUCUGCACAUAUGAAACAAUGGAGACACCAAAAUUUCGCGCAGCC